AUGCGUCAAACUGCGCCUUCCCGCGAGCCGUAGUGUCAAGUACUUCCGGUCUCAGUUCCGUAGCGAGAGUAGGGAAUAGAAGAUGCCUUUACCCGUGCAAGUGUUUAACUUCCAGGGGGCUGUGGAGCCAAUGCAGAUUGAUGCAGACCCCCAGGAGGACCAGCAGAAUGCGCCAGAUACAAACUACAUCGUGGAGAACCCAACACUGGACCUGGAACAGUAUGCCACCAGCUAUAAGGGGUUAAUGCGCAUCGAAAGACUUCAGUUCAUAGCAGAGCAUUGUCCUCAACUGCGAGUCGAGGCUCUGAAGAUGGCCCUUACCUUCGUCCAGAGAACAUUCAAUGUCGACACCUAUGAAGAAAUCCACAGAAAACUUACAGAGGCCACACGUGAAGUACAGGGAGUUCCUGACACUGUGCCAGAAGGUGCUGUGGUGCCCCCUCCUCUGGAUUCAGCGUGGGCUGAGUCAACACGGAAAAAAGCUCUGCUUAAACUGGAGAAGCUGGACACUGACCUGAAGAAUUACAAAGGCAACUCUAUCAAAGAAAGCAUCAGGAGAGGCCACGAUGACUUGGGUGAUCACUAUCUGGACUGUGGAGACCUCAGUAACGCCCUCAAGUGCUACUCAAGAGCCAGAGACUACUGCACUAGCGCCAAACAUGUCAUCAACAUGUGUCUCAAUGUCAUCAAGGUUAGCGUUUACCUACAGAACUGGUCCCACGUGCUGAGCUACGUGAACAAGGCGGAGUCGACACCAGAAAUUGCAGAGCAACGGGGGGAACGAGACAGCCACAAUCAAGCUGUCCUCACCAAACUGAAGUGUGCUGCAGGUCUGGCAGAGUUGGCGUCGAGGAAGUACAAACCUGCCGCCAAGUGCUUCCUCCAGGCUUCUUUUGACCACUGUGACUGUCCUGAGCUGCUGUCACCCAGUAAUGUAGCUGUGUACGGAGGGCUGUGUGCGCUGGCGACAUUCGACCGUCAGGAGCUGCAGCGGAAUGUUAUAUCGAGCAGCUCUUUUAAGUUAUUUCUGGAGUUGGAGCCCCAGAUCCGUGACAUCAUCUUUAAGUUUUACGAGUCCAAGUAUGCGUCUUGUCUCAAACUCCUGGAUGAAAUGAAGGACAACCUGCUGCUGGACAUGUACUUGGCACCGCACGUGAGGACGCUGUACAGCCAGAUCAGAAACAGAGCUCUCAUCCAGUAUUUCAGCCCGUACGUCUCGGCAGACAUGACGAAGAUGGCUCUGGCCUUCAACACCACAGUGGCGGCGCUGGAAGAUGAGCUGACUCAGCUCAUCCUGGAGGGCCUCAUCAACGCUCGCAUUGACUCUCACAGCAAAAUUCUAUACGCAAGGGACGUGGACCAGAGAAGCACCACCUUUGAGAAGUCCCUUCACAUGGGAAAGGAGUUCCAGAGACGUGCCAAAGCUAUGAUCCUCCGAGCUGCAGUGCUGCGCAACCAGAUCCACGUCAAGUCCCCCCCCAGAGAAGGCAGCCAGGGAGAGCUGACACCAGCCAACAGCCAGACCAGGAUGAGCACCAACAUGUAAGCUGGAGGAGCCCCGCCUCGUACCCCGACUUCACCUCCUCUUCUCCUCCUCUCGCUUCAAGACCGAACAGCACAGACUCACAAGGUUGCUAUUGUGUGGACACGAGAAGGUCUCAGUACCAGAGGGAGAUGCAUUUGUGUUCACGCACUCAUUUUUCAUCACAAGCUUUUAAAAUAAAUGACCACCAAACUCUC